GUUCGUUCCGACCAUUUAGUACUCUGAAUCUACCACCAACAACCGGGUCAUGCUCACCAUGUGACCAGCCAACGGAUGUUGGCGCCCUCUUUGACGCCUUACGAGCACACCACGAGCUUACAAUAGGUGUUGGUUUAGGCAACUUGAAUGUAGUCAGGCCUUGAUAAGGAAUCUGAAGACCGCCGUGCUUUCUAAGUACCUUCAAGCUUCCCUGAUAACCGUGCCACUCAACCAUGACGGCCACGCUUAACCGUUAUGAACAGCCAUACUUCGGACCACACCCAAAGUUGGUCCUCGCCUUCGACGUAGGCAUUACACACAGCAAUGUCUCCUACUGUAUACUCAGUCCCGGAGAAGUUCCUACUAUCUGCUCUGUCGACAAAUACCCAGGCCAAGAAUACAUCGGAGGCGACUCGAAGAUACCUUCUUUACUAUACUAUAACACGAGUGGAAUUGCCUGUGCCAUUGGUGCUGAAACUCAAGAGAUGAAUGUUAUUGAAAGAGCUGAGGAAGAAGGAUGGGUGAAGCUUGAAUGGUAUGUCUGGUACUAUUCGUGUUCGCCUGUGCAUCCUCAGCCUGCCUCCUAUACCGAUUGCCCGCCUCUUCCACGAGGCAAGCAUGUCAUUGAGGUGCUCGGCGACUUCAUGCAAUACCUCUUUCGUUGUGCACGCACUUAUAUUAAGGAGAGUUUACCGAAUGGGAACGGACUUUGGGGGUUACUCGAAAAUCACAUCGAGUUUGUCUUUACCUAUCCAAACGGCUUGGAGGGUCCGCAGCAGCGACAAAUCUGGAUAGCUGCCGUCUUUGGCGGUCUCGUUUCCAGUACGGCAGAGGACAUGGCCCGUGUUCAUUUGCUGAGUGAAGGAGAAGCAAAAUUGCACUACGUCAUCUAUCAUAGUAUCCUGGCGUCAGAAACACUGUCACAGACACCAAUUGUCGCCUCUGAUAGCCAAGGUAUUGUCAUUAUCGAUGCGGGAAAUUGGACUAUCGACCUUAACGCCUACUCAAUGACUUUAUCCCCAUUGAUGAUUGAAGAGAUUGCUCCGGCCGAGUGUCGACUGCAAGGUUAUGGAUUCGUGACCCGCCGUGCUCGUGAAAAACUAUCAGGCAGUCGUUUCGGUACACCAGAGAUAGUACAGCAGAUGACUGACAUCUUCGACAAAACCACCAAAUUCAGGUUUCGCAACCCGGAAGAGUCGUCAUAUAUCAGAUUCGGUACCUUGCGCGACAAAGAUACCCAGUUCAAUAUUCGUUCUGGCCAACUUAAAUUGAAUGGACAAGAUGUCGCAGAACUCUUCGAACCUUCCAUUGCUAGCAUUAUCGAGGCUUUUGAAACCCAAAGAAUGAAUGCAAGCAUUCCAAUUACAAUUGUAUCAUUCAUGGGGGACUUUGCUGCGAGCGACUGGAUGUUCGCAAGGUUGCAGGAAUAUUUUCAUUCGCUUGGUAUUGCAUUCAGUCGACCUGAUAACCAUUGCAGUAAGGCGGUCGCUGAUGGUGCUGUGUUGUACUGUGUCGAACAGCUCGUAGCACUAUAGCAACAAUGUAGCACCCUGUAAUUUCUUCGAGUUUGUAGUUUUAUUCUCGUAUUCAGGUAUGGUUUUGCUUUCGAACCAUCGGACUUGGGAAGCGCUGCCUGUGUAGGUAGAGAUCUUGCUUGACCAAAAACUUACUAUGUAGCCUGCU